AUGUCGUCGCUCUUUGGUAACCUGAAUAACAACACCAAAUCCGACUAUGGCGGGCUGUUUGGAGAUCCGAAGCCUGCGGCGGGUGGCGGCAGUGGUGGUGGUGGGUUGUUUGGUGGGCUAGGUCUGGGUGGUGUAAGUACGACGGGAGGUACGACGGGUAAUGCUGGGGGAGGAGGGCUGUUUGGAGGUUUGGCUGGCAGCACGCAACCGACGGGUAAUGCUGGGGGAAGAGGGAUGUUUGGAGGUCUGGGUGGCAGCAUACAGCCGACGAGUAAUGCUGGGGGAGGAGGGCUAUUCGGAGGUCUUGUAGGAGCAACAGGAGGAACUACACAACCAACAGGAGGAAGCGUGUUUGGAGGAUUGGGCACAAGCACGCAGCAGAAUAAUGCCAGCAACAUGUUUAGCUCAGGCCUAGGAGCGACAUCACAGUCUCAAGGAGCUGCUGGCCUUGCUGGUUCUACAGCAGGUCCCCAACAAUCGCAGCAGAAUGGUCAGAACAACGCCUAUUUCGAUGCUAUACUGGAGCGCAGCCGCAAGAGAGCACACGCCGAAGCUAUCUCGGAGGAUCUCCCGCAACUCCAACUCGGUCUGGGGGAUAUCCGCCAGCGUAUCAAGCGGUUAGGUGCUGAGAAUGCCGAUCUCGCGGAUGGCAGAGCUCACUACCUGCUCGCAGCUUCAGGCGUUGACCCAGGGGCCACAGUCCGCGACUUCAACCUCUUCACCGUAGCGAACACGAAGACCGAGCGGCCUACCGUACCCGACUUCGAGGAUGAUACCGAUGUGGAGUCGUAUCUGGCGAACUUGCAGACGCAGACGACGUUGAACAUGAUUUCAGAUGGCAUCUCACGGUCGAUCCGCGAUUUCGAUGCGUACCUGGAUGAAAAUGUGACGGUGGAGUGGGAAUCGCAGCAGAAGAGGAUAUACCAGCAUUUUGGGAUCAAGCCGAAGGAGAAUGCCGGUUACGGAGGACGAGGAAGCUUCAUGGCAGCCCCCGCUAGCCCGCCUGGAGGAUUCGGAAGAUCGAGACGAAGCAAAGCCGCGGGUCUCGCUGCAUCCCGGGCUGAUAAUGGUGGUGGAAGCACAUUUGGACGCUCGAGCAUGCAGAAGUCGGUUAUUGGAAAUGCUGGUCCCGUUGGUACUGGCCACCAGCCUCUGUUUGCGGAUGUGGAAAAGCAGAUGGAGGCAAAUGGUGUCAACAUGUCUGGCCCUCACGAUCGCUUUCAGCGAGACAAACAGAACAAAUUCGCUGAGAAGGUGCAACUUUUGAAUCUCGCCAGACUCAACAAAUACCCGUUCGCAAUUUCGAAGGAGUUUGGAGAUGUUGUAAGGAUGGCUGGUGACCAGCAUGGACCUGAUUUGGUGAAGGCAUACAGAGCUCUGAGCGCUAUUGUGGGAGAAGAUGCGGAUGCUAAGGGAUUUUCAGAGAAUAGGACGGCGAGGGAGAGACAGUACGCCUCGGCCUACCUUAGCGAUACUUCUGAUGCAGCUACUGUCAACUUCCGCCGAAGAAUACUCCAAGGGGGUGCUCGAUGUUUGGAAAGAUUAGCGUUCGAAAAGAUGGAAGAACAAGUUGCCAAAAACCCACGAGAUGCCAAUCUUGGCGGCAUUCCAAACACCAUCAACAAGAUUAAAGCUUAUGUUCGUUUACAAGCUAUCAAGAAGAACCUUGCUGGCGACAAUGCCGACUUACAAAUACUUGGCGAGGACUAUGUCUGGGCUCUUCUCUUCUUUCUGUUGAGAUCGGGUCACGUUGCCGAGGCGGAUGAAUAUGUUAGAACCAACUCCAUUGCAUUCAGAGCCAUCGACCGCAACUUUGCUGCUUAUAUGCACGCUUAUGCGACGAAUGAAGAUAGGAGACUCGGUGAUGAUCUCCAGGUUCGAAUCAACGCCGAAUUCAACCAGCGCCUUCGAAUUGCGCCCGAGAACUCUAUCGAUCCGUACAGGAUGGCUUGUUACAAGAUUAUUGGUCGUUGUGAUCUCAGACACCGAGCUUUGGACGGACUUAAGCAAGAUAUUGAAGACUUCGCCUGGAUUCAGCUGGUUCUAGCACGUGAGAUCAGCCGCUCCGACUCCAUGUCGAGUGACGUCUACGACCUCAACGCUGCCCAGGAUACCAUACGAGAGAUUGGGAACCGGUUCUUCUCCAAGGCCGGUGGUGCUGAGAUUGGGAGCUCCUUUGGAGCCUUCGUCUUCCUGCAAGUCUCGCUUGGCAUGUUUGAGGAAGCCGUUCAUUACCUGUAUACUCAUUCCUACGUGGAUGGUGUGCACCUUGCCAUUGCCCUGGACUUCUACGGCCUCCUCAGAGUAUCAGACCCCAGUACCGCGGGCGAGGAUCUCUUGAGCAGGACCACCAGAAAUCAACCCCAGAUCAACUUUGGUAGAGCAGUUGGUCUUUACACACGCGACUUCAGAGCUGCCAAUGUCUCGGCCGCUGUUGACUACCUUGUUCUUAUCUGCCUCAACCAAGACUUACCUGGUCAAGCAGGAGCUCAUCAAGUCAUGAUCUGCCAUGAGGGACUGCGUGAACUCGCUCUCGAGAGUAGAGAGUUUGCACUUCUUCUAGGAGACAUGCGUUCUGAUGGACAACGCAUUAAUGGUCUCAUCGAGGACCGUGUUGGCUUGAUAGGUCUGGAGGAGGCCGGUGACUUCAUGCGAACAAUCACGAUGCAGGCGGCAAGCGUUGCCGACGAUAACGGGCGUACGACUGACGCUGUGCUGCUGUACCAUCUGGCAACAGAGUACGACAAUGUUAUUGUUACGAUCAACCGAGCUCUCAGCGAAGCUAUCUCCACCCCUCUUGGUCAGGAACCAUUGAAGUUGCAGACACUGAAGGCUCGCUCUGUCACGAAUGCUAGGAACAUGCAAGGCACCGAGUCUAAUCUUACCUCUAUCGAUGAUCCAUUCGUCCUGGCGGAGAAGAUGUCGGAUAUCUAUGGCCACCAAAUGUACAGGAUGAAGAUCAAGGCUGUCAACCAGCAGGCUUGCAGCUCUUUGCAGGUAAUGUACCAAGCCAAGGACAUGGUCGAGAAUGGGAGGUGGCCCGAGGCGCUUGAUCUUAUGAAGAGCCUCGCAAUCCUCCCUCUGGAAGCCAGAGGCGAUGCGACAACCAUCCGCAGCUGCGCCACCAAGUUCACCGCGCUCCCUCAACCCGUUGCUCAAAAUGUGCCCAAUCUGCUGAUGUGGUCGAUUAUGUGCUGCAACAACCAACGCUCUCUCCUGCUCAACAGCCAGUUUGGCGGUAAUGAGGGCACGAGACAGGCGAUGAUAGAUGAGCUGAAGCAGAUGAAUAUGGAUUUGACGACUUAUACGAGUCAAUUGAGGUAUAGAUUUCCGGCGCAUAUCCAUGAGGCUCUGGCGAGAGCGCAAUCGGACAUGUGA